GGCUUUUAAAACAAAGACAAGGCCCACUAGUGAUCUAACUCCGAUCGGCAACGUAAGUCCGAUUAUUUACGCCGUCGGAAGGUUAAAAAAAAAACACUGAAAGAAAUCGUUUUGUUCUGUGUGUUUGAUCGGAGAAUGGAGGAGACUCAGAACAUUGACGUUACAAAGAAUCCAGAAGCCGAAGAUGCAAUCGAAUCAACUAAGCAAAAGCAAUCCGAAGAAGUAGAACAUCACUGCGACGAGCAGCAGAAGCAAUCGCAAGAAGAAGACGAAUUGCGAAAGCUUCUGCUUUCAGAUAUAGAAGAGCUUCCUCUUUCUCCUCCCUCAGCUACACAACUCAACUUCGUUUCUUACUUCAUCACAGAUUUUACUAAACCGGGUCAUGAUCAUUACAUCUACCGUCACGCCAAUGGUUUGUGUGUGAUUGGAUUGGCUCCUACUCAUAGAGCUUUUAAGGACCAAGGUGGGAUCACUAACAUUGAUUUCAAUGUCGGUAAGUCCGAUCGUAGCGUCUUGAAAGUCUCUGGCAAGCGUAAAAAGAAUGCUAUGCGGUCUGAAUCGAAUACAGCAUUGUGCAAAGUCUCCACUGCUAAUGAUUCUUAUAUUGUCAGGUGUUGCGUUAAAGGUUCGCUCUUGGAGGUGAACGAGAGAUUGAUGAAGCAACCUCAGCUUCUUAAUUCAUCGGCUGAUCGAGAAGGAUAUAUUGCGAUAAUCAUGCCAAGACCUGCAGAUUGGACCAAAAACAAGGAAUCACUGAUAACCUUGGAGGAGUAUAAAGAAAAGAAACAAGACAUUUUACUGGAACCGUGUCUACUUUGAAGCUGAUGGUUAGGCUUAAGUCAGAUUAGAACUCUUAUGUUCAACAAUACUCAUAAGCUGUUGUGUUUUAUCUUCAAGAAAAUUUUGGUAGCAAAGAUCUUUUUUGGUCUAUGAUGUUCUUCGUGAAAACAGUUUCAAUAUAUAAUUAAAUUUUAAUUUUAAUAAGCACUA